AUGGAGACCAACUCCUCCAUGAGUGGGCGAAGCUCAUCUGCCAUAAACCGCUGGAACAACAGAGGAGAAGAAAGAUAUGGUGAUUAUGGGUACGGUUAUGGCAGCAGGAGUCUGCAUAACCUUGGUGGGUUUAGGAACGUCUAUGUCUGUGGAGGCUACAGUGGAGACGAAGGAGGAUAUGGAAGGUGCCUGGGAUUUGGUGGUAUGAGACACCUUGGUAUGGGCUUUGGCAGAAGAGGGUAUCCUGUAGGAGCUUUCCAAGCAGGGCUUGGUAGCGUGUGUGGAGGAGGCUUGGGCAGGGAGGCAUUUGGAGGUGGCCCCCACCGAAGUGUCUUUGAUGAGCAAGGGGCCAGAAGGAGCUUUGGGCAGGUAGGUGUCAGUGGAGACAUGGAAGAGGUGCGUGUCAACACCAGCCUGUGGAGGCCAGUGCACAUACAAACCGACCCCGACCUCCAGAGAGUGCGAUCAGAAGAGAAAGAGCAGAUUAAGACGCUCAACAACAAAUUUGCAUCGUUCAUUGAUAAGGUCCGAUGCCUGGAGCAGCAGAACCAGGCUCUACUCACCAAAUGGGAGCUUCUGCAGCAGCAAAGUGCCCGGCCGGAGGAAAGCAGAAAUAUCGCGUCUUUCUUCCAAGCCUACAUCAGCAACCUGCAGAGGCAGCUGGAAACGCUCCAGAGCCAAAAGGAGCAGCUGGAUCCAGAAGCAUACAAAAUGCUGCAGCUUGUUGAAGACUAUAAAAAGAGAUUCGAGGACGAAAUCAACAAGCGCACGGGUAAAGAGGAGGAGUUUGUGGAGCUCAAGAAGGAACUGGACAGUGCCUACAUGGGAAAAAUGGAGUUUGAUGUACGGGUGGAAAUACUGAAGCAGGAGCUUGAGUUCCUCAGAUGCUUGUAUGAAGCGGAGCUGUCUCAGCUGCAAGCAGUAGUUGGUGACACCAACGUCAGUCUGCCCAUGGACAGCCACCAAGAAGUCAACAUGGAUGGCGUCAUUGAGGAAAUCAGAAGGGAGUACGAGGGAAUUGCUCACAAGAGCAAAGCUGAGCUGCAUGCCAUGUACCAGGGCAGGUACCAGGAGCUCCAGAACAUGUGGGAAAAUUACCGGGACCAACAGCGGAACAGUUACCAGGAAAUCCAAGAGAUGACCAGGCAGAUCCAACAACUGCAGCGCGAAAUUGAAAUCAUGCAGAAAAAGAAUGCCAGCCUCCAAGAAGCACUUAGGGACGCUGACCGGCGUGGUGGCUCUGCCAUCAAGGAUGGCCAGGAAAAGCUUCAGGAGUUGGAGCAGGCUUUGCAGCGGGCCCGAGAGGAGCUGGCUCGCCGUCUGCAAGACCACCAGGAACUCCUUAAUCUGAAGCUGGCCCUGGAUAUUGAAAUUGCCAUGUACAGGUCACUCCUGGAGGGGGAGGAGACGAG